AUGGUAGAAGUGAUGAAAGAUCUGGAAAGUUUUACACCGGUAGAACUUAACGUUGUGAGAACUUCACUCUUCAAAGCUACUGAACAAGGGCAUGUUGAAUUUAUUACGCAUAUGCGUAAGGCAAACCCAGCAGUUCUGGACAUCUUUGAUGACAAAAAGAAGAGUAUAUUUCAAUAUGCCAUUGAACAUCGUCAAGAAAAAAUUUAUAAUCUUAUAUAUGAGCUCAAUCCAGAACAGAGAGACGAUAUUACGCAUAAUAUAGCAAAGUUUCAGACUAAUAUGCUACAUAGUGCAGCAAAUUUAUCCCCAGUUACACAUUUUAAUCAUAUCCAAGGUGCAAGUUUGCAUAUGCAACGCGAACUACAAUGGUUCAAGGAGGUGGAGAGUAUAUUGCCUAGUGAAAUGCAUGAAUUUGUCAAUACUUCAAACUUGACAGCACGUGAUCUAUUUACCAAGAAUCACAAGAAAUUAAAGGAUGAAGCAGAAAUAUCCAUGAAAGGGAUUGCAGCUUCCUGUACAACUGUAGGUGCUCUUAUUGUUACUAUCAUGUUCGCUGUAGCAUUUACAGUUCCUGGCGGAACUAAUGGUAACACUGGUCUUCCAAUGUUUAUGCAUAACAAGUUAUUCAAGAUUUUUAUACUCUCAGAUACAAUAUCACUUAUUUCCUCAGCAACUUCGGUAAUUACAUUUUUGGGACUUCUCACGUCAACUUAUGCAGAAGAUGAUUUCCUUUGGUCCUUACCCACAAAAAUGAUGACAGGCCUUUCUACUCUUUUUAUCUCUAUUGCUGCCAUGAUGAUCACGUUUUCUUGUGCCCUUACCAUUAUGCUUGAUGGAGAAGUAAAGAUGAUAAUUCCAGUCAUUGUGUUUGCGAGUGUUCCCGUCGUGUCAUUUAUUGUAUUUCCUAUUAUGUAUUCAACACUCGUUAUUCGUGGUCAUUGA